CUAUUUAUAAGUAUUUUGAAUAUAGGCAUGGAAUAAAUAUGUUUAAAUAUUUAGCCGUUGUCUCUUCGUUAUUAAUAUUUGUAGAAUCCGGAAAGAGAUGGCAUACAUCACAAAUAAUGUUAACGAAAUUAUAUGAUCUGCAAAACGAUCAUUUUAAUGUCUUGGAUAAUUACUUGGAUUUGGAGACAAAACGUUUGGAAGAAUUAAAAAAUUAUGUAGCUGCAGUAUAUGAAUGGCGUGAUCACAUAAAAACCAACAAAGACUUCUUACACAAUCACUUGGAUGUUUUUAAAUUUAUGACACAAAUGCACCAACAUUUUUUUAAAAGAGAUGAUUUAAUAAAAAAUAAACAAUCUAUAGAAGCGUUAAAAGAUAUCGACGACCACAAAGAUCUUAGUGGUGAUCAUAUAUUGUGGGCACACCGAGCAUUGAGGAGACUACAAUUAUUUUAUGCGAUUCCUGCAUCAGACAUGUCGGCAGGUAGAAUUAAUGAAAAAGUUAUAGGCGAUCGAAUGGAUGCAUGUGAAUGUUACGUCAUGGCGAAGUACUGUUUAGAGGGAAACGAUCCGUAUGGCGUCCUAGAUUGGGCUUUUGAAGCGUAUCAAAAAUGGGAAAGUCACGGUCGACCAGAAUGUGUAGAUCCCGACAUUUUAAAUUACUACAUAGUAUCAUCAUCAGUAUAUACAGGAUUUGACUUAAUGAAUUUAAUAAACCUAAGUGGAUCAAAUUACCAAGAAUAUACUGGAAAAUUUGUUUCGUAUUAUCGCCUUAUAAAAAACGAAUUAUUUGAGCUGGAAAAAGAGAGAGCAAUGGAUAUAAUGGAAGUAUAUUAUAAUUUGAAUGGAGAUGAAAAUAUAAAUAAAUUUAGGCAUUUAUGUAAACAUGGGGCAUCACGAACAUUAACAAAAUACUCAAAAUGUAGAUACCAAACGAAUAAUUUAUUAUACCGAAUAUUGAUGCCCUUUAAAGAAGAAGACAUUAAUAGCGAGCCACUCAUUAAAAUAUAUCAUGAUGUAUUAUAUGAUGACGAGAUCUUGAAAAUUAAAAUGAUCAGCUUAGCUAACGUACGUAUUUUAAUUGGUUUGAAUCCAUCGUUAUUAUUAUCUAAUUUAGAAUUUACAUGAGAUAUAAAAUGGUAU